CAAAUCCAUGCGUAUUGUGGUCACCGGAUUUUUUCACGAGGAGGGUUACGCUCGGGUCACUAUGCAUACGGAAAAUAUGUGGGCGAAUUGCUUCCUGGAAGCAAGCAAUGAAAAAAACUACGAUACACUCUCAGUGUCCAGUCGGAUGGCAUCAUUUUGAUAAAUCGUGUUAUUUUUUAAGCGAUAACAAAUACAACUGGAUAUUGGCAGAGGAUAGUUGUCGUGCACAUAAUGCCAGACUUGCUGAAAUAGAAAGUAAAGAACAAUCAGAUUACUUAAUUAAAGCUUUUAAAGAUUUUGGAAAACAUCAUAGCUACUGGAUAGGAGGAAGAGAUGAUGUGAUCGAAGGAACAUGGCAAUGGGCUUCUUCCAACAUAGUAUUUAACUUUACAGCAUGGGCAAGUGGAAAGCCGAACAAUUAUCACGGACACGAAGACUGCCUUCAAAUGGACUAUGAUCAUAAUUGGGAAUGGAAUGACCAACCCUGCUUAGAAACAGAAUAUUUUGUUUGUGAACUUAAGUACCCUGACGACCUUCAAAUUAUUGGAUAAGGAUAUAUUUUGUUAUUAAGAAAAAUUGAAAUAAUGUUACUG